ACGAAAAUAAACAACGAACCAAAAAUGUCUGGAAGUCAACGUUCAUUUGCCCAAAAAUUGUCUAGGACCCAUGCAUCGGAUGUGCGUAAAAAUGUGGUCAAUUGUCAUAUGCAAACGAAGACGACGGAUUCCAUAAUGUGUUCCUCAACGCUUUCGUUGACGGAACCCGUGGAACCAUUGGAUUAUGAAGAAUUUCUAAAUUCUCACAUGAAUACGAUUAAUCGUGAUCCGCUGAAGAAUAUUUUGGAUUUUCCACCCGGUGAUGUUAUGGUGAAGACUAUACCACGUAAAAUACGAACCAUUGAUCAUGUAGUGCCAAAGGAGAAUAUUUCUGAAUUACCCCAACACAUUCAGGAAUGUGUCAACUGUUAUACACGACCAUGGAAAGUUGUGGAAUAUGCCCAACGCCACUAUUCCAGUUCUUGUUGUGCCCGAGAACGUAUAGAUCGUGGCACAAUAAGUCCUUCUGCUUACCAGCAGGAAUUCGAAAUUGAUAAAGAAUUUGCUUCUUUCGAUGAAUCCUCCUUGACGGAUCAAAGUACCAGUUGUACUCCCAGUUCUAGACAAUCUAUUGCCAGUCUGUCGUCAGUAAGUUCUUGUACAGAUACUUUAACACCACGCGGCUCGUGGGCCAGCUUUGAUUUACGCAGAUCCGUCAAUGAUCCUUUAAUACCAAAUUUACUUGAUGAUGUUCCUCCUGAACAUGUCGAUCAAACGAAUGAAAUGAAGCGACUGGUUGAUCGCCAGGAAGCCUUGUUUUCCCUUUACCCCGAAGCAGAUCCCGAAGAUGUCAUAGAACGUAGAUUGGCUGCCGAAUUCCCUAUGGAACAUAUGGGUCAUCGUAUUUUUGUUAAAUGUCUUCAAUUGCGUUUGGAACUAGAGGUGGAACCCAUCUUUGCUUCUAUGGCCAUUUAUGAUGCCAAGGAAAAGAAAAAAGUCUCCGAAAAUUUCUACUUCGAUAUGAAUUCGGAUACUCUGCGAAGAAUGUUGAAUACUCAUGUGCGCACUGCCGAUGAAAGUACCCAAAGUAGAUCGGCCAUAUUUGAUAUUAGCUAUCCCAGUAAUGAUUUAUUUUUGGUUAUUCGCUUGGAGAAAGUUCUGCAGGGCGAUAUCAAAGACUCGGUGGAACCAUAUAUUAAGGACGACAAGGAUAAGUGUCGUGAAAAGGCCAAGAUUAAUGCAUCCGAUUAUUGUGAGCGGUUGGGAAAAUAUCGCAUGCCAUUUGCUUGGACGGGAAUAUAUUUGACAAAUAUAUUCCAUGGCGAUAAUUUUGAGGGGAAGGAUGGUAAAGAUGGCCAGGAAAGGGAAUCAGGAGGUUCCUUGGGUUCUGCGGCCAGUUCAAACAGCCUAGAUCGCAAGUCAUCUACCAGUAGUUUUGACCAGUUGCGGCGCAAAGCCAAUGAUAUGAGUGGUACAUUAACACGGCGUGGAUCAUUGGAACGCAAGGAAAAACGUCGUUCAUGGUCACCGGAUGAUUUUGCAAAUGUUGUGGAGUCUUUUAGGCCAGUAACCCUUACAAUAUCGAGCUUCUUUAAGCAAGAGGCUGAUAAAAUGAAAGAUGAAGAUUUAUACAAAUUCCUUAUGGAACUGAAAAGGCCCAGUUCCGCCAUGAAGAAAUAUAAAUGUAUACCAGGGUCAAUAAAACUUGAAAUCUCACCUUGUCCAGAUGAUAUUAAGAAUGCAUUAACACCGGAAUUGGCCAAGCUGGAUCCUUAUCCACCAGACAAAACUCGGCCAAUCAAGGAGAUUCUUGAAUUCCCCACAAUGCCCAUUUAUAAUCCUCAUUAUACAUAUCGCAAUUUGUUGUUUGUAUCCCCCAAGGAAUUGAAUUUCUCUUCGAGAGCUGGUUCGGCCCGCAACAUUGCAGUACGUGUCCAAUUAAUGUCUGGUGAGACACAAAAUGAUGCUCUCUGUGCAAUCUUUGGUAAAUCAUCAUGUCCGGAAUAUUCCAAUGAGGCAUUUACGGCGGUGAAUUAUCACAAUAAAUGUCCAGGAUUUUAUGAUGAAAUAAAAAUCGCACUUCCGGCUCAUUUGAAACAAAAUCAUCAUUUGCUGUUCACCAUUUAUCAUGUCUCGUGUCAAAAGAAACCACAAGAUGUCCAGCCAUCAGUGGAAACCCCCGUGGGCUACACCUGGUUACCGUUAAUGGAAGAUGGUAAAUUGAAGGUGGGAGAAUUCCAAUUACCCGUUAUGGUAGAACCACCACCAGAAAAUUACUCCUUCAUACCACCCAAUGUCCAUUUGCCGGGUACCAAAUGGUUGGAUAAUCAUCGUCCCGUUUUCACUAUAUCUGUGGAGGCUGUAACAUCGGUACACACAUUGGACCCCAACCUGGAUCGCUUCUUUUUAAUGUGUGAAUAUUUGGAUUCCCGCAAAAUACCACCCAGAAUUGGUGAGGGCAAUAUGGAAAGUGAAAUGAAGAAAUGCCUGUUGGAAAUUGCAAAUGCCGAAAGGGAACCAUUGGUAAAGAAUUUACAUUUGGUAUUGGACAAGUUAAUCGAACUUUUGGUUACCACCUAUAAAAUUGGUGGCCAAACCUUGUCAUUGGGCUCGACAGUUUUUGAAGUCCUUUGUUUAGUAUCCGCCAAUUUGUCCAUACUCAAUGAUGAUUUGGUCAUCGAUCAACAUGGAAGGCAAUCUCUACUUUCGACUUAUGUCCAAUUCCAAAGUAAAAUACCACAUCCAUUUAGUGGUAAGAGACGCAUCACCUGCAGUCGUAGUAAUGCUGAGGAGAUGCAUUCUUCGAGUUCUUGCUCGGACACGUACAGUAUUUAUGAUAAUGUUGUGGCUGGUAGAAGCUUGGAUCGCAAGGAGUUGGCAAUGGAAAUGUCGCCCACAUAUGUUGCCGGCAGGGAUGGGCAAGUACGUUUAUUACAUGAAGAAUUAGCACUACACUGGGUUGUGGCAAGUGGACGGGCAGCCGAUUUAGCCAUGAGUAAUUCAUGGUUUUUAUUUGAAUUAAUUGUCAAAUCAAUGAUAGAACAUUUAGCUGUCACCUUGACUCUACAAUCGCCACGGAAGCAACGUUUUCCCCAUCAAUAUACCGAUGAUAUUUCCACCCUGGUACAUUUGGUGACCACCAAGGUUGUCGGCUAUCACAGCAAUGAACCGAAAUUGGCACAGAGUUUAAAUGCCAGUUUAAGUUUCUUUAUAUUCGAUCUGUUUAGUGUUAUGGAUCGGGGAUUUGUUUUUGGUCUCAUCAAAACCUAUUAUAAAGUGCUGAUAUCGAAAAAUGCCUCCAUACCGGAUUUGAUGAAUUAUAAAAUUGACUUCUUGCGUAUUGUGUGUAGUCAUGAGCAUUAUGUGGCAUUGAAUUUACCCUUUGGUACCCCGUAUACCACAAAAUCUGCACCGUGUAGUCCAACGCCGAGUACCACUUCGAAUACUAGUGGAACGUCAUAUGGAUCCAUUGAAAGAGCUGCCCUGCAUGCCGAUUUGAGUAUUGAUUUUCGGCAACAACAUUUCUUGGUCGGUUUGGUUUUAAGCGAUUUGGCAACUGUUUUGGAAGUACCCAAUCCCCAACUCCAUGGCAAAGCGAUACGUUGCAUUAAAAAUCUCAUGACUUCACAUGAUUUAGAUCCCCGUUAUACAGAUGCUGAGGCUCGAGCACGUGUGGCUGCCCUGUAUCUACCCCUCUUGGGUAUUAUAAUGGAUGCCAUACCACAGCUGCAUCAAUAUUUAACCGAUUCCAAUGAUCGUCUACAUAAUAUGGGUCUUUUGGAAGAUUAUCAAGGACCGAAUACAAUGAUUGCAACCACUACCAUUAGUCCCGAAGUAGCAUAUGCCAUUUCCGGAUCUCGUGCAUAUGCCUACACGGAUCAAGUUAAAAAUAAAUCACCACUAAGCAGUGAAAAUACACGUCAUCUAUUGGUUUGUUUCAUGUGGGUUUUGAAAAAUAUCGAAAAAUCUACAUUAUAUCGUUGGACUUUGGGUCUGUCGCCGCAUCGGGUGCAUCAAAUGUUACAAGUUUUGAAUGCAUGUCUACCCUGUUUCGAAUAUAAGGGACAAAAACGUUUGCCUGUCCUCAAACGUAAUACGCAAAGUUUUCGCAAGACCACAGACCUCAAGGACAAGUUGGAGGAAUGUAUACGUGGUACCAAUUCGGCACGUUAUGAUUUAAUACAGCGGCGUAAAGAUCGUAACUCAACGGAGAAAUUCCGUUGGAAGAAAGAUCAAAUGCCGUAUAGGACACAAUUUUAUGAUACCACGGUUAAGGCUGAUCCGGAAAUGGAGUUGAGUCAAUUCAUAGAAGGUUCAUUGGCCACGGAAAUAACUCUGGUAAUACUUGAUUGUUUGGAGAUAAUUGUACAGGUGGCCACGCACUCAGAAAUGCAUCAUAACUUAUUGGGAACCGUGUUGAAAGUUUUACUGCAUGCCUUGUCACGUAAUCAAAGCACUUUGGCUUUGAAAAAUCUAUUCUCCUCACAGAGGUCGUUGAUAUUUAAAUUCCCCAAUUUGUUGUUCGAUGAGGAGACUGACAUUUGUGCUGAUCUUUGUUUGCUGCUGCUCAAACAUUGUGGUUCAAAUUUGCCCGGAAUACGUUCCCAGGCGGCAGCAUCGUUGUAUUUGUUGAUGAGGCAAAAUUUCGAAAUUGGCAAUAACUUUGCCCGUGUUAAAAUGCAAGUGACCAUGUCCUUAUCCUCCUUGGUUGGCACCAGUUCAUCGUUUAGCGAACAAUCAUUGCGGCGUGCCUUGAAAACCAUUUUGGUUUAUGCCGAAUCAGAUACUGAUUUACAGGAAACCUCCUUCCCCGAACAGGUACAAGAUUUGCUAUUCAAUCUGCACAUGAUUCUCUCGGACACGGUGAAAAUGAAAGAGUAUCAAGAAGAUCCGGAAAUGUUAUUGGAUCUAAUGCAUCGCAUUGCAAAAGGCUAUCAAAAUAAUCCCGAUUUACGUUUAACAUGGUUAGAGAAUAUGGCCAAAAAACAUCGUGAGAGAGCAAAUCACACCGAGGCAGCCAUGUGUUUUGUACAUUCGGCGGCAUUGGUUGCCGAAUAUCUUAGCAUGUUGGAAUCACAAACACAUUUACCCGUCGGAGCGGUUAGUUUCCAAAAAGUUACACCAAAUUCUCUACUUGAAUCGGCUGUAUCAGAUGAUGUUCUUAGUCCCGGCGAAGAUGGCAUUUGUUUGGGUAAUCAUUUUACCGAAUCGGGUUUGAAGGUUCUAUUGGAGGAGGCGGCAAAUUCUUUUCAAAUAUCCGGCAUGUAUGAGGCCAUGAAUGAAGUCUAUAAAAUUCUAAUACCCAUCUGUGAGGCCAAUCGAGAUUUCCAAAAAUUAAGUAAAAUCCAUGGCAAAUUACAGCUGGCCUACAAUCGCAUUGCUCAAUUGCAGGGUAAACGUGUCUUUGGCACAUACUUCCGUGUGGGUUUCUACGGGGCCAAAUUUGGUGAUUUGGAUCAGCAGGAGUUUAUAUACAAGGAGCCAACACUCACCAAAUUACCGGAAAUAUUUAGUCGGCUGCAGAACUUUUAUGCGGAGCGUUUUGGUCCAGAUUCUGUGCACAUUAUUAAGGACUCAAAUAUUGUGGAUGUCAAUAGUUUAGAUCCCGAAAAGGCAUAUAUACAAAUUACUUAUGUGGAACCAUAUUUUGAAAACUAUGAGCUAAGGCAUCGAGAAACAUAUUUUGAAAGGAAUUUCAAUAUAAAACGUUUUAUUUUUGCCACCCCUUUUACCAAGUCGGGUAAAGCCCAUGGCGAGCUGCAUGAACAGUGUAAACGUAAAACCAUUUUAACCACAGCCACACAUUUCCCCUACGUGAAGACCCGCAUUCAAGUAAUUAAUCGCCAACAAAUUGUCUUGGAACCCAUUGAGGUGGCCAUAGAGGAUAUUCAAAAGAAAACCAUAGAAUUGGCAGCGGCCACAAAUCAAGAACCAGCUGAUCCGAAAAUAUUACAAAUGGUUUUGCAAGGUUGCAUAGGAACGACCGUAAAUCAGGGACCCAUGGAAAUGGCGGCGGUAUUUCUUUCGAAUCUCUCGGAUGGUGUAACCAUACCCACAAAACAUCAAAACAAAUUGCGUCUCUGCUUUAGAGAAUUUUCCAAACGUUGUGCUGAUGCUCUCAAGAAAAAUCGAAAUCUUAUACUGUCCGAUCAAAAGGAUUAUCAACGGGAAUUGGAACGUAAUAAUGAGCGGUUUGUAGAACGUCUAACACCGUUGAUUACAUUAACACCCACGCAGGCGCAGGGUGUUGUUAAGGCCAAUGCAGCCAGCAAUCGUGGAACACCCUUAAAAUGGUAACUUAAUACUACCAUGCUCUCU